UCCGUCAGAGGUGACAGGAACCAGAAAACUGCCCUAACCAGUCAGCACUCAACGUCAUGGGGUCUGUGUUCUCGACGCCUGCACAAAGGAAACUUGUUUUUGGAUGCGGUGCAGUGGCGGCACUGUGUCUCUUGCGAUGUGCUUAUUUCAACUUCAAAGCAUCCGCAACGCGCCACUUUCUGGGAAGGAAGGAGGAUUCAACAGCUUCCGAGAAUCAACUAGUGUUCAUCACGGGCUGCGAUUCGGGACUUGGGUUCUCCUUCGCCUUGCACGCGUAUAAACUGGGGUACACGGUGGUCGCCGGCUGUCUGCAAGCCAAUGGAGCAGGAAGCACAGAGUUGCUGCAGCUGUGUCCUCAGAGACUGCACGUACUGCAACUCGAUGUUACCAGCGACGUCAGCGUGCAGACUGCAGCGGAAACCGUCCAAGAAAUGCUGGCACACAACCCGCACUACGAGCUCAGAGCUUUAAUUAAUAAUGCUGGCGUUAUGAUAUUCGGUGAAUUUGAAUGGCUGACAGAACAGCACAUACUAAAACAGAUUGAUGUAAAUCUUCUAGGAGCAAUGCGGACCACUAAGAGUUUCUCUUCAAUGCUUAGGAAAUACAAAGGUCGCGUCAUCGCAAUCAGUAGCCACUGUGCACUGGCAGCUCUGCCAGGUCUCGCUGUGUAUGGCGCCACCAAAGCAGGCCUCCUGGCGUGGUGUGAUGGCCUCCGAGUCGAGCAGGCUAAGUACGGUGUGCCUGUCAUCUCUUUUAUUCCAGGAUCUUUUUUUCAGCACACCAGCAUCUUGGCAAAACAACAAGAGUAUGCUAAGGAGAUGGAAGAAGCAAUGACACCUGUUGAUUGCAAAUUUUUUGGUGACUAUUUCAGAAGGUACAAUGAAUACUUAUCUGGCAUGCCAACACCAAGAAAACCACUUCCACUACAGGAAGAAAAGCUAUACUCAAUGCUAGAACAUGCUCUUCUUUCCAAGUAUCCCUGCCCUCACUAUGAAUGUGCAACUCCCCGAUACCGCUAUUAUCAUUUUCUGUUUAAAACUUCUCCAACUUGGCUUCGAGACUAUCUUGUGCAAAGAUUCAUGCAGAUGCCUGAAUUUUGAACCAAACUAAAUUUUGUGUACAUUGCUGAUCAGUCAUGUCUGUUAUUGUAUGUUCCUUGUUUGGUCAACAGAGCACUUAUUACAAUGUUGUCGUAUGCUUUGUGCCUUAAUCAUCCAGUUCAAAGAACAAGUUGAAUCUCACCAUCAAACUGAAAAGAUUAUGGAAAAUAGACAAUGAACCACUGGGUUUAUUGAAUCUGAUCUGUGUGCCAUAAACUGAGUCAUAGCAAACUUUCAUUUCAUAACGUCUCAAUUUCUUCUCCUUUGAGUUUUCUUCAUAAAUGUGUCCUUAUUUCUAUUACUUUAUCACUUCCCCUGUGCUUUUGGCAUAAUCUUUCUGUUUUUCUUUAAAUUUGGUGUUUCCACAAUUCCUUUCCUCAUAUCAUCCUGACAUUUUAAUGUUUAAUGUGACUUUUGAAAUGGCAAUGAAACACUCAGCACACAUCACGUUUGCUUAUUUAUCCCAGCUACGAGACGUUAACACCGACAAAAAUUGGGACAUAAUCAGUAACACUAACCCCUGGCCACUGUGUGACAUCUUCAGUAUGUCAGGCCUACGAAUCAUGUGCCACAGUCCCACAAACACAGCAUAGGUUGGUACCACUGCUAACUUCAACAUUCUACUACAUGACUAAUUUCAAGACUUCCCAUGUGCGUCUUUAAAUAGAACAAAGCUACCAUGCAUCAAAUGUGAUGAGUCCUCUUUGUGCUUAUAAAUCGCUGAUGCAUGCAACUGAGUAGGUGCAGUGUUUUAAUUUUUGUAUAAACAGAUUAUUUUGUGCCCCAAUGUGAUGAUAGUCAUUUCAGGGCUGGCUUAAUAUUGUUUAUUCAUUCCAAGAAAGAAGAUCAGUUUUGUUAUUACCACUUGCUUUCUUAUACUUAAUAUUUAUUAUUGCCUACAGUCAGGCUAUAGCAGAUAGUGGUAUUAGGAAAUGAAUUCUCUGUGGUCUCAUGCAAUUGGCUGAAAACUUACGAGUAAGUUAUCAAGAACACAGUUUAUUAAAUUCAGGCAGUGGCAUUGUGAAUUCUGUGAAUGAUAAAUGUUCUGACACAUUACUGGAUGGAUGUUAAUGGCAGUGAACAGUCACAAGGACAGUGAUAAAACAGAUUUUUCAGUUAUUUCUGCAUUUGCUUUCAGAACAACAUCCUCAUUACUCUACUGUCUUUAUGUGUAAUUUUCUAUCUGUCCAAUAAAUUAACAUUUAAACAAGAA